AAGCCAUAUAUUAUACAUGAAAAGUUUAAUAUGGCUUCAAGCCUAAUUUGAUGAUUUUUCGAUAGAAUCAAGACCAUAAAUAUAUGUUACUUUUCUUAAUUAUAUUAUCCAUCAACAACAUUGCGCUUGCGCUAGGGCAUAUAUUAGGAAGCACUGCCUGUAAGUCAUGCAGUUGUGAACAGAGACGGCGUGAGGUGAAACAAAAUACAGUGUUAAUAUCUCAAUUUUCUUACCAGAGAAUCGUCAUAACAGUUUUCUGAGCUAUCUCUGGACGGCGAACGACAUUGUAGAUGGCAGGGGUUGUUCUCGAAACACUUAGUUGGAAGAAACUCAUUGCACUUAGCAUUGUAUUGUUGAUAUGUCAGAUUGGUUUCUUCUUGAUUGGAGGGAAGAUAGCACCGUCACCCCAUCAUGUGCAGCAGUUACUUGCCACCAAGUGUAUAGAUGAGCACAAACAUGGCGGCCAUAACCACAAACACAAGUUAUUUUGGCCUCGGGGAGCGGGAAGCUGCACUUCAGUCAGCACCUUUGAAGACCAAAAGAUUGAAGAAGAUGAGAUUGGGGCCAACCAGAUUGUGUUUGCUUUUCAAUUUCCAAUCCCAAGAGAAGGAAAAGAAUUAAAAAUGAAUAAAUGGUUUCAAUAUAUGAUUGCUGUGUUGGGCUUUGAGAUCAAAUACAAAGAGAACAAUCCCAUGGUGGAAAAUGCUGUGAUAGAUAUGGAUUCCAGAAUAGCAGCCAGAAGUGGAAAUAGUGAUUGGAUUGAAAUAGCCAGAUCCAAUGAGCAGAGAAAACUUGAUUGCCACCUUGGUGAGAAGAAAGAAAAUGAUUACUAUGACUGCAAUAUGACUGCCUUCUUUGAGCUGGGCAGUGUAUAUUAUGAAGACUAUUUGGUGAACAUCCGCAUACCAGUUCAUAACAAUUCUGCAAAGAACUGGGGCAUUGGAAAGGUGGAAGAUAUUUGGAUGCAUGUAAUUCACCAAACAGGAGGUUUCACUCAAGUCUGGUUUAUCAUGAAGACCUGUGUGUUCCCAGUUGUGUUGGGUAUAAUGAUCUGGUACUGGAGACGGAUUCAGCAAUUGCCUAGGCUACCAAACCUUUUGGAAAAGAUACUCUUUACACUGGGUCUUGCUCUCACUUUCUUGAACCUUCCUAUUGAGUGGUUGACCUUGGCAUUCAACAUCCCCUUUAUGUCUUUGCUGUCAGACAUCAGACAGGGUAUCUUCUACUCUGUUCUUAUGGCAUUCUGGAUCAUCUUCCUUGGAGAACACAUGCUGGAUGACUAUGAGAGGAACCGGCUGGUGAUGUACUGGAAGCACUUGAGUGCUGUUAUCCUUGGAUGUAUUUGCCUUUUCAUCUUUGAACUGUGUGAAAAGUAA